GUGAGCUCAUUGGCCAGUAUCACCGGAAGUCCGGUUUUGUGUUAUUAUCUUAUUAACACUGCACACUGACGCCUAAUAAAGGCACUAGAAACAUGUUUGCUGAAAGGUUUACACGAUGCUUGGACUGAAUUUCGUAACUUGUGAAGGUAAGACUUAAAUUUACAACAGAUAAACGCUGAAUGACAGUUGCUACUGCAUACGAGCCUUUCUGCUAAGCUAAAGCUAAAGCUGCGGUUGGUGUAGCUUAGCAACGAUGCUAACGUUUGAUGGUGGCAGGGAUACUGCCUCUUGUUUUUGUCUUUGCUUUGCUGUCGUUGACUUGUAAGUCACUAACCCUGCCUUUAACAGUAUUUAUCAAAAUAAAAUGACAUUUGUUGUCGUCCACAGCCCACUGAGGCGACUAAACCCUACUCUGAAUUAAUGGUGGCACUAUGAAGAUGAAAGCUGCCAAGAAAAAGUCUCUGCCCAGUGAAGGAAGGACAGGAAAGACACCAGCUGAUGUGGUCGAAGUUAAAACUGAGUGUAAAUCAGAGGAAGACCCUCUCGAGGUUUACACUAACGGAGAUGAUCUCAACAUUCAAAUCAAAGAGGAACCAUACUCGGAGGAGAUCAGUGAUGAGGUCGAUUUACACUCAUGUAGCUCCUCAGACACUAUUCCUGAUACUGGGACAUGCUGGUCAGACGGUCCAGAUCAACAAGAUCUCAUUAAAAACGAGUUUGUGCAGCCCGAUUAUGAAUUCACUGAAGCUGUUGUCAAGGAGGAGUCAGAGAUGUGGAUGAAAGAGGAGGCAGAAGUUGAAGAGGUUGAAUAUAAUAUCCAGGAGGAAUUUGAAGAGGAUGGGCAGGUCAGCACAGGUAAGAGGCAUAAGUCAAUGGUAACACACUUUUCUGUUUUGGUUUCUGUUGUGUUUGGUGCUCUCUUUAUUCCCAGUACUAUUGUAUAUAUAGAAAUGUUAUUAAAGUGUGAUGUAGCCUAAAAGAUGGUCUUUAACCCCCCAAUUAUUGUUGCAGGGAAUUUCUUGUAUUUAAUUGCCUCUCAGUAUCAAAAAAAAUAUUUCAGGGGUCCUUAUACGUAGGGUUGCAAAGGGGCGGAAAAUUUCAGGUAAAUUUCCAGAAACUUUCCAUGGAGAGUUGAGCCUGGGAAUUUUGGAAAUAUUCCGAAUUAGAAACCUUCCAUGGGAAUUAUAAGAAUUAUUGGGAAUUUAUGAGAAUAAACUGGAAAUUGGGGAUAAUUUGAACAAACUGUAUCAUAUCCAAACAUAAAUGUAAAUAUUUUUCCUUCAACAUUAGCUUGUGUGAAAUGCUUCCACACGUCAGAUGGCGAACGUGGCAUUUAUCUGUAGAUUAAAAUAACAAAAAAGCUUAUAAAAACACUAAUGUAAUGGCAUGAACAGAAAUAUAGUCGGCUAAUCAACUGGAAUGGUCUUCAGAAUAUUUGACAAUUGGUGUAUAAAUUAUUGUAGGGUUACAGAAAACUGUCUUGCAGGAGUCAGAAGAAACAGCAUCACUCUGAGGUAGACUGCAACCACCAUAAUAAGCAAGCACCUAUUUUUAUUUUAUUUUAUUUUUGCUAGUUAUAAAUUAAUAAGAUUAUAGAUCAAAUAUAUUUACCCCAUAAUAUUAUCAAAACUUCCUUGACUUGAUAUAGUCUGUGGACUCAAAUGUCUUGUGCUUUGGGCUCAAAAGUUUGUCCUCUAGGGUUCAAGAAAUCAUCUGUACAUGCAAUGGAGGAAAGUACAGUGCAUGAAGGGGGUGUGGACUCAAUAACCCUGCAGUAAACAGUGUGCUGUGUGCAUGUGAUUGAGGAGUGUAACUGCAUUGAAUCUGGUUGUUUUAGCCAAGAUUAUGCUACAAUAUCUGUUCCCCAACUAUAUUUAAGUUCCCUGUUGAAAGCCAACCUUCAAUUUUGUAAAUUUCAGAUUUAUUCCCGUUAAUUCUCGUUAAUUCCCAUGGAAAGUUUCAAACUUUGAAAACGCCCGGAAUUUUGCAACACUACUUAGUACGUUAGCCAAAGCUAAUUGAUAGUAUCUGAAAUAGUGUCAAUAUUCAGAACUUGAACUAGUAUAUUUUGGAUUGUCAAUUUCACAACAAAGUUUAAAUCAUCAUUUUUUCCUGAUCUUGUGCAUUCUCUGUGUCCACUCCUACAUAGAGUCAUCAUCUGAGUUCUUCCCAUGUCCUCACUGCUCCGUCUCUUUUACCGACUUGGAGUUCUUGGAGAAGCAUGUCAAGUGGGUCCAUCAGAAACAAUAUCUUGCCAGUUUGAAAAAAUGCCUGUCAAGCCGCACACUGAACCUCAUCCCAAAACACACCUGCACUGUCUGCGGCAGCACCUUUACCUCUAAAGUACAACUGAGGGUUCAUGUACACGAAGCUCACCCUUCUGCUCCUCCCCGCCGACUCUACCCCUGUCCAACUUGUCCGCGCAGCUUCCAGUACCUGAAGAAUCUCAAGAAUCACUGUCAGCGAUGGCACAAUAUGUCUGUGGUUACCAGGGGUGGGCACCUCAGCUGUGCAGACUGUGGGAAAAGUUUCAAAGCUACCUGGGGUCAAGGGCCACAUUUGUGUCACGAACCAGAUCGCACAGAAUCAGAGGACAAACCGAUUUGUCUAGAUAUUGGUUUGCCUUGUCCAGAAUGCGGGAAGAUUCUACGCACACCUCAAAGCCUGGAGGACCACAUACGCACCCACACAGGGGACCGCCCAUUUGUCUGCAAGGAUUGCGGUAGGAGGUUUGUGGAACGAAGUGGUUGGAGGCAACAUAUGAAAAUUCACACAGGAGAGAAGCCGUACAAAUGUCAGGUCUGUGGUAAGGCCUUUUUAAGAUCACACCACCUCAACUGCCACUUAACUACCCACUCCGGUAAGAAAGAGUAUUCUUGCUCUGUAUGUGGAAAGGAGUUUGGAUUAAAGGCAAGUCUAAAUCUUCACCUGAGGACACAUUCCAGUGAGAAACCCUUUCACUGCAAUGUGUGCGGGAAGAACUUCAACACCAGGAAAAACCUGAGGGUUCACAGCAAACUCCACAACAGUGAGAAAGCUCACCAGUGUGGAGACUGUGGGCUGAAAAUUGGAGAUCUUGGGGCUUUGAAAAUUCACCUGCGGACACACACUGGAGAAAGACCCUACCAUUGCACAGUCUGUGGAAACAGAUUUAUUCGUAUCUCACACUUACGAAACCAUCAGCGCACCCACACUGGUGAGAGACCAUACAAGUGUGAUGAAUGCGACAAGAGUUUUACUCAGUCUGGCGACCUAGUGAAGCACAAGAGGAUACACUCUGGGGAAAAGCCUUUUGAAUGUCCAGACUGCCAUCGCCGUUACACCUCCUCGGGUGAUCUGGGCAAGCACCGGAGGAGUCACACUAACCUUCGUCCCUACACAUGUCCAGAAUGUGAAAAAAGCUUUCGCUUGUCAGGCCACUUGAAAACUCACAUGUUAACACACACAGGGGAGAAGCCGUUUUCCUGCCCAAACUGUCUCCGCAGAUUUGCUCGUUCUCACCAUCUUUCCGGGCAUGUGGCUAAAUGUCGUUAAGCUUCCCAAAGAGGACUGUAAAAAGCCUGCCUGCUUCUAAGUGGUCAUCCUGAGAAAUGUAAACAAUCAACUACUCACUUUUCUAAAUGUGUUUGAUUCAAACUAAUAUCUGUACAUUACUAUUUAAAAGAACUCUCUCUAUCUCUCUUGAGCCAGAUCGCUGUCUAACUUAUUAUGAAAGUGUAUUUAUCACAUUAGCUAUUUUGUUUGUCAUUGCACAGAACUCUUACAUAGACCUACCCAGUGCAUUGCUUGAUUGAUGAACUGGUUUUGCUGAACACUAUUGUAUUUGAGGUCUAAGGAUGUGGUAUGAAUCUUUGUCCAAUGAGAUAUACAGAUUAUGAAUUGGUGUGUUUCCCCAGUUAUCACUGCUGUAUAAUUUGUAAUGAUGUAAUAAAUGACAAGAUGAAUGCAUGGACACUGUGUUUGAUGUUAAAUGCUUACAAGAGGCAAAAUUAUCAGAAAGGAAUUUGUUCACAGGUUAAAAAUAGCCUUGUUCAACCAGAAAAACAAUGUAUUAUGGUUGUGAUAGGACCCCCACCCCCGUUUAUGAUCUCAGCAAGAAUUAAGAUAAUGAAAUUACCCACCUGUUAUGGUUCAUCAUAUUGCAAAGUUUCAGAUUAUUGGGAGGAAUAAUCUUAUAUAGCACUGUAAAAAGAAAACAAGCUGAGUGCUAAACAAUAAAAAUCAAAAAAGCAA